AUGACAGUGUCGACUAACGAGGACAAUAUACGGCUUAUUGUCGUUCCGUGCAACCUAACAACGCCGUUCAAGACCAUCAAGCCUUACAAGAGGUCCCAGCUGGUGGUCAACAACGGACUGGUGUACGAGCUCAACAAGACCAAUUUCAAAGAUCCGCACAAUACAACCCAGAAACUAACCAAGAAGCAACAGCCACUUAAAACCAUCUUCCUAGCCGCCAUGGACGCGUCCGUGGACAGUCUCAUGGUAGGAAAUAAUUGCGAGCUCUGGAUAGCUACCAAAUACAACCCCGUGUAUCUGCUGCUGGAUUUUUUCACCGACGCGUUGAGCCGCGAACGUGUGCGCAUGGUGAGCUUCCAGGACCUGCUGGAGCAAUUUGAAGGGUGUGAGACGCUUCAGGAGCUGCUGGAGAACGGCGUGAAUUUGCGGAAGCCGUUGCUGCAAAUAUGUGAGAGCGUCGACGAAAAUGAAGAGACCUUUUACAAGCCCUCGAUGCAGAAGAUCGUCAGCUAUCUCAGCUCAAAAGUGGACCGUCUGGCACAGAAUCUGCCGUCCGCGCUAGUCGCCUCGACAAAAAAAAAGCUUGCAUUGCCCGGCUUCGAGCCAACAGACGAGGUGCUGCAAGUGAGCAGAAAGCAGCUUGCAAUUGAGCUGAUCAGCUCCUACGUGGACGCAAAGUAUGUGGCCGAGCUGAAAAAUCUGUAUCCAACUGAGAUUCUGGACUCCUACAUGAUGGAAUACAGGAAGAAAGAACAGAUGACGGCACUCGCCGAGGAAAACAUCAAUACGCUGAACGGGAUGAACGCGGCAAAUCCCAAGAAACGCAAGGUUGAGAAAAAAGUGGUGCGCAAAGAGGUGAAAAAAGUCGCUGUCGGCAAGGGAGCCCUCGACGGCUUCUUCAAGAAAAAGGUGUAG